GGCUACCUGUAUAUUGGAACGGACUAUCCACGGUCACACUGGGUGUCGUCUUGCAGAAAAUAUCAUAACAAUAUAUUUCUAUUGACAAUAUGUGGUUCGAAAUCCUACCUGGUGCGGUGAUCAUCACCACGCUCCUCUCGGUGCCCAUAUACGCCAUGUACGGCCUGGACAAGCUGACGAUCGGCAAUGCUUUCCGGCGCAACAUGGACGAGCGUUUCAGCCGAGUUAUGUACCAGCGCGAUUUCCGACUGACCGACAAUCCCUACAAGAUGAACGGUCUUGAACAAAUUCCCGAUGAAGAGGAGAAGAAGGAGGAGAAGGACCCCUAUGAGGACAGCGAUGAUCCCGCAAUCGUGAAGAAGCGGGAGAAAGAGCGGAAGUUAAGGGAGAAACAGCUGAAGAAGGAGGAAAAGCUCAGGGAGAAACAGCUGAAGGAGGAGGAGAAGCAGAAGAAAAAUUAGUAUCAAUAAAAACA